CUCCAGGAGCCCCCCUCUCUCCUCGCCCACCUCCGCCGGGAGCGAGCACCGCGGCUGUGCGGAAAAGCCAUGGGAGGCAAGACCUCGGCACCUGUUCAGCUGAAAUCAAGGGCUUACAGUAUACUGGGCGCUCUGGCUUGGUGGUAGGAGCGAGCAAAAGGAAGGAGAAGCAAGCAAGAAAAAGUGAGAGAGGAUUGGAGCGACUGCCGCUGCCGGGAAAAAAAAAAAAAAAAAUAAAAACCCAAGGAAGAUAACUGGGAAGGAAAAGGAUUUUCAUGGCGCAGGCUGCAGAGCUAAGCAAGAAGACUGAAGCCUGAUGACCAUAGCUGUGGGGACCGACUACUGGCUUUACUCCAGAGGGGUUUGCAAGACUAAAACUGUCAGUGAGAACGAAACCAGCAAAAAGAACGAGGAAGUCAUGACCCAUUCUGGAUUAUGGAGAACCUGCUGCCUGGAAGGGAAUUUUAAAGGUCUGUGUAAGCAAAUCGAUCACUUCCCUGAGGAUGCAGAUUAUGAAGCCGAUACAGCAGAAUAUUUCCUCCGGGCGGUUAGAGCCUCUAGUAUUUUCCCAAUCCUGAGUGUGAUUCUGCUUUUCAUGGGUGGACUCUGCAUUGCAGCCAGCGAGUUCUACAAAACCCGACACAACAUCAUCCUUAGUGCCGGCAUCUUCUUCGUGUCUGCAGGUCUGAGUAAUAUAAUUGGAAUCAUCGUAUACAUAUCAGCCAACGCUGGAGACCCCUCCAAGAGUGACUCCAAGAAGAACAGCUACUCCUACGGCUGGUCCUUCUAUUUUGGGGCCCUGUCCUUCAUUAUAGCCGAGAUGGUGGGAGUGCUGGCUGUCCACAUGUUCAUAGACAGGCACAAACAGCUGCGUGCCAACGCUCGUGCCACGGACUACCUCCAGUCCUCCGCCAUCACCCGCAUCCCCAGCUACCGGUACCGCUAUCAGAGACGCAGUCGCUCCAGCUCCCGCUCCACCGAGCCUUCACACUCCAGGGAUGCCUCUCCCGUCGGGAUCAAAGGGUUCAACACCCUCCCAUCAACAGAGAUCUCGAUGUACACCCUGACCAGGGACCCGCUGAAGGCAACCACCACCCCCACCGCCACCUACAACUCGGACAGGGAUAACAGUUUCCUCCAGGUUCACAACUGUAUCCAGAAAGAGAACAAGGACUCUAUCCACACCAACACAGCCAAUCGCCGGACCACCCCGGUAUGAAGCCGUCACCAGGAGCUGAAAAUGGGGCAGGAACGGGCAGGAGGAGACAGGG